GCGUUUGUUGUUGUGCUUCAGGAGAAUGUGCGGAUGUUCUAUCAGAAGUGGAUGGAGGAGCAGGCCCAGAAACUGGUGGAUGCGACCGCUCGAGCCUUCACUCAGGGCCGUCUUGCCGGCACUGCUCCGCGGAUGCCUAUGGUCUCAGUUAGUUUAUGUACAACAGUGUUUGUACGUUUGCAGGGUGGACCGAGACCGCCGAUAAUGGGGCCAGUUGGUGCGCCGCCACUUCGAGCUCCGAUGCCAUUUCCAUAUCCGCCGAUGGGUGCCCCGAUGGCUCCGCCGAUGAUGAUGCGACCUCCUUUCGUGAUGCCGCCUGGGCCUCGUCGAGAGAUCCGAUGA